UUAAGAAAACCAUUUCAUGUUAAAAUGAAUUUUGCUACUCUAACUAUUAUAUUUUUUUAUCUACAAGAUUUAGAUUUCUUAUUGCUGCAAUAAUCUGUUGUAUGAAUUUUAUUUGGCUGUUUAUUUUCACACUGAUGCGGAAUAACAGUUAUCUAUUUACCUUUUUAGAAUCGUAUAUAAAUUAUUUUUCUCAUUUAAGAUGGCCAUAGGUUGAAAUAAUUUCUCAUUUAAGAUGGCCAUAGGUUGAAAUAAUUUCUCAUUUAACUGUUAAAAUGUCUUUUAACAAAUAAAAAGAAAGAACAUUUAUAUUUUUUGUACGUAUCCCUAAUUUAUAAACCUGGAAAGUCUUGUUGGGCUAUAUGUAGUUAAGCUUUUACAGGCUAUUCUUUUUUUUUUUCUUAUUGAUAUAUGAUUUUGAACCUGAUUGUUCAUAAGGUACAACAUUGUGUUUCUGGCGGUGAUCUCUUAAUUUUGUUAUCUCCAUGAAGUUUACAUGCUUGAGCAAAGGGAAUGGUUUCCAUUUCCCACCAUGUUGCAUUCUUGAUAUGAGUGGGUACAGGAUAUUAUUUGAUUGCCCACUUGAUCUUUCAUCUCUCACAAUCUUUUCUCCUGUCCCUGCUGAUUUUUGCCCCAUUCUUCCUGAAGAACAUCCAAAUUGUUCACUUCAUGAUUCACUGCGUGUGGAAUUGGAGACUGGAAAAAUGUGGGGAAUGGAAAAGCCCCUUGAUGUGCAAAAUUUAAUAUAUGCAGAGCCUUGGUACAAAACUGCAAAAAACUUGCACCUUUGGGAUCCUUCAUCUAUUGAUAUCGUAUUAAUUUCGAGCACAAUGGGCAUGCUGGGGCUCCCAUUUCUUACUCAAUGUAAGGGCUUUUCUGCAAAGAUAUACGCAACUGAAGCAACAGCAAGGGUUGGGCAGCUUAUUAUGGAGGAUCUUGUCUCUAUGCAUGUGGAAUUCCGACAAUUUUAUGGAUCUGAGGAGUCAGAUCCUCAAUGGAUGAGAUGGGAAGAACUUGAAUUGCUUCCAUCUGAACUGAGGGAAGUGACUCUGGGUAAAGAUGGGUCAGAGCUGGGUGCGUGGUUCCCACUCUACAGUUCAGUGGAUGUCAAGGAUUGCAUGCAGAAGAUUGAAAUGCUUAAAUAUGCUGAAGCUGCCUGCUAUAAUGGGGAACUGGUCAUAAAGGCAUUCAGUUCAGGCAUAGAAAUAGGCUCAUGUAAUUGGCUUAUUGAGGGUCCAAAAGAAAAUAUGGCAUGGGUAUCAAGCUCUAUAUUUUUGUCUACUCAUGCUAUGGAGUUUGAUUAUCAUGCACUGCGUGGGACUGAUUUGAUCUUAUAUUCGGACUUCUCAUCCCAAGAUGUUAUAGAAGAUGUUGAACAGCAUGAGAGUUAUUUUGUUUCGGCUAAUCACAACCUCUCAAGUCUCAGUGCUGAUGGAGACAAUUGGAAAGAAUUGAAUGACUGCUUAUUGAGUAAUGAUGAGAGUAUAGAGGAAAGUGAUAAACUAGCUUUUCUAUGCUCAUGUGUCGUGGGUUCUGUUAAAGCCGGUGGCUCUGUCUUGGUUCCUUUAAAUCGGCUUGGAAUUAUCAUGCAGCUGUUAGAGCAAAUAUCGAUUUUCCUUGAAUCCUCAGCUAUAAAGGUUCCAAUAUAUGUUAUCUCUUCUGUAGCAGCAGAGUUAUUGGCAUUCACUAAUAUCAUACCAGAAUGGUUGUGCAAGUUCCGACAAGAGAAGCUAUUUUCUGGGGAGCCAUUGUUUUCACAUGUUGACCUCAUGAAAGACAAGAAGCUUCAUGUGUUUCCUGCUGUUCAUUCACCCAAUCUAAUAACCAAUUGGCAGGAACCGUGUAUCGUCUUUGCUUCUCACUGGAAUCUAAGACUUGGACCUGUUGUUCCUUUGCUUCGACGUUGGCGCAGGGAUGAAAACUCUUUACUUGUUCUAGAGGAUGGACUGGAUGCUGAUAUGGCUCUCUUGCCUUUCAAACCAAUAGCAAUGAAGGUUCUACAAUGUUCAUUCCUUUCUGGAAUACGGACGCAGAAAAUUCAACCAUUGCUGAAGAUAUUGCAUCCAAAAGUUGUUUUGUUUCCAGAGGAUUUGAAGCAGCACAUUAAUGCCUCAAGCUCAAGUUCACAUCCAUUUUCAGUUCUGUACUAUACUGAAAAUGAAACACAAGAGAUACAAAGUCUGAAAGAUAGUUCAGAUGUAGAGAUUGCAACAGACUUGGCUACCCGAUUCUGUUGGAAAAAAUUGAAGCGGAAGGACACGGAUAUAACAAGACUGGAAGGAGAACUUCUUAUAGAUGACAGCAAGCAUCGGCUAGUCUCAGGGAAAAAGGUAUCAGUUUCCUCCCAGAGUAGACAGCUUCUACUCUGCGGUGUGGUAGAUAUGGAGAAGCUUCUUGGUACAUUGUCGAAGAUGGGUUUUAAUGGAUCUAUAGAACGAAACAUGAAUGAUGGGGAAUCAGAUAGUGUUGGGAUAAUAAAAAUUCAUGAUCCAAAAGAAGCACUGAUAGAAGUUGGAGGAAUGAGUACUGUUAUCAACGCUCCUGAUGAGAAUUUAGCCAGUGUCAUUUUUGAAGCUAUCAGCACUCUCUUGGAUGUCAUUUAGAAGGGGAUUUUGGAUUAAGUUCCUUGUGGGGUGGUUUGUGGGACAUGUAAUAGUGCUGGAUAGGUCAGGGUUCACAUUGUUAUAAUUGCUGGGCUUAUAUAAUCCUCACUUCACUUCAACAGUUUUUCCUAUGAAACAAAUUUUCUAAUAAGCAUUUAAAAUUUAAUUUAAAAAAAAGAUCAUCAGAGUGGUUUGACAGUGAUCAAAGAUUGAUUUGUUAUUGAGAUGUUUUUUAAAAAGGUUACUACACAUUUUAAUCAUAAUA